ACUAAUUUAUAUAUUUAUUCAACUUCCAUUGUAGUCUCUAGUAUCCAUACUCUCUCACAAAUCUCCAUCUCUUUCCUCUUUUUCUCUCUAUUUUUCUUAUGAAAAAGCUCCGACGCUUUAAGCUUCGAAAGCGUCUUAUUCUUUUCUCGAGGUGGUUUGGUCGAAAUAUUCGACCGAUGACAUCGUUGUCAUCGGCUAGAUACUACAGACUGAGCCAGGGUGACUCGUUGAAAGAACCCAAGUUGUCGUCAAAGCUCCUCAGUUGGGGUCGUCAGCUGAGUUUUCUUCGACAACGUGUGUCGAGCGAGGAGAAGCCUGACCUAGUGCCGAAAGGUCAGUUGGCGGUGUAUGUUGGAGAAAGCGGAGGAGGGUUGAGUCGGGUUUUGGUGCCGGUGGUGUAUUUCAAACACAAGCUUUUCAUUGAGCUACUAAGGGAGGCGGAGGAGGAAUAUGGGUUUAGACAUGAGAAAGGGAUUACUUUGCCUUGUGGGUAUUCGGAGUUUGAGAGGAUUCAGACUAAGAUUAGAGAUUGUGGACGGAGUUGGCCGCGGUGGAGGAGCUCCGGCAGCUGCUGCUCGCCGGAGGGGGAUGAUGUUGAUUUGUGGAGGCUCUUGGAACUUUGAUUGAAAAGAUCGAUCAAGAGAUGAGUGGUUUUUGACUUUUCUUCUGUGGUGGCUGGUUUUGGACUUUUUUUAAUGUGCGGAUGUGAUGUAAAUUAGUUUUUUAGUUUAUACUGAAAAGUAAUAUUAAUAUUUUGAAAAAUUAAUACUUGCUUACUGGGACUCCUCAUUGACUUUUUCUAUGUGUGGUUUUUAUUUGUCAUAUGAAAAUAUGUUUCUUUC